AUGGGAAAAGCUUCUAGAAAUAGGACUAAGCAUCGCGCUGAUCCUACUGCAAAAUCUGUCAAGCCCCCCACCGACCCAGAGCUUGCAGCCAUUCGGGAGAGUAAAAUUCUACCAGUUCUCCAAGACCUACAAAGUGCAGACCAAUUGAAGAGAUCGACCGCCGCGACUGCUAUUGCGAACCUCGUUGACGAUACAAAAUGCCGAAAGCUAUUUUUGCGAGAGCAGAUUGUUCGAAUUCUGCUCGAACAAACCCUUACAGACUCGAGCAUGGAAACCAGAAUCGCAGGAUGGGGAAUAAUGAGGAAUUUAGCAUUAGAAGAAGAAGCGGACUUUUGUGUGCAUUUAUUCAGACAGGAUAUUCUGACUGCAAUUGAGGGAGCUGUCAAAUCAAUUAUCGAAACUAUCGAUUCAAAAGACACUCCGUUAUCGAAAAUACCAAAACCUCAACAAGAUCUCUUGUGGAGUCUUACAAGUUCUGUAAUAACACUGUUAACAUCCCUGUCUGAAGCAGAGCUUGAAAUUGUCGAAGCUAUAUCGAAAUUAUCUACAAUUAUCAACUUUUUGUUUGGAUUAUUGUCACUCGAUACAACUCCAUUGGAGAUCAACAAUGAAGUAUUAUCAUGUUUAGCAGCUUUAACAGAAGACAACAAGACCUUGGUCGAGUUUAUUACAGAGCAGAAGGAUUGGUUCAAACUACUGAUGCAAUUGAAGAAUUCUGGUGGAUUCAAAGGCGUUGCUACUUGUGGAGUACUUCAUAACAUAUUUACAGCAAUGAACUGGGCCGAUGACAAUGCUCCCAUCGACGGCGCCUCGGAUGCUAUUCUUCUCCCGACUUUGAUCAAGUCAAUGCAACAAGCACAACAGACAAAUGGUGCUAAUGGUACAAACGGCCACAGGACAAAUUCUAGCCCCGAACGAGUCUUGCAAAUGGCCUUGGAAAUUACCGCAUCGAUUGCAACUAGCCUUCAAGAAGCUCUUGAACUUGGAAAUGGAAAGGAGGAGGUGUUUGAAGGAUUUGGUGAUGACGAAGAAGUGGGUGAAGACCAGAUGGUUGACGGCGAUGCAGAUUUGUCGGAAGGUGAAGAAGGUGACUUGAGUGACGGGGAGAACGAAAUGACACAGGAGGAUAUCGAGGCUGACAUGGAUAUGGUCUUGGGAGAUGAUCCAGAAGAUGAGGAGACGUCUAAUGACCAGGAUACACUUCAUCAACUUGUUCAGGUCGCUUGUCCUGCAGUUAUAGCUCUUACACAGUUAUCUGAGGACUCAAAAAUGGAGGGUGAUGAUGUACAAACUCCUGCUUUGGCAGCUUUAAACAACAUCGCGUGGACCGUCUCAUCAAUUGACUUUUCUAAGAGCCAUCUUGGUAGCUUGCAAAAAUCAUGGGCUGGCCUCGCCCAGCGUAUAUGGGAUGAGGUCGUGUGUCGUGUACUUGCAUCCAACACGGCGAACGUUGAACUGGCUGCCUCCAUUACAAGUAUUGCUUGGGCUGUUUGUAAGAGUGUUCAAGGGCGUGUCCAGAUACGAGCGGAUGAACACAGAAAGUUUAUGGCUCUCUACCAUGCUUCUAAGGGCUUCGAAACCCCAACCGACUCCAAGGCUUCUAAGAAAGACGCAGAAAAUCUUGAUGAUUCAGCUUUCCAGUCCUUGGGGGUCAAGUGUAUUGGCGUCUUAGGUAGUCUUGCCCUCGAGCCCGCACCUAUCGAGCUCAAUCGAGAAAUUGGCAUUUUCCUAGUCACUCUCAUUGCGGCUGUUCCCGAAACCCCUGCGGCGCAUGCGGUGGAAGCCUUGAACGAGAUUUUCGACAUUUAUGCCGACAAAAGUUAUUCAUUUGACCAAUCGGUUUUCUGGGGAAGUGGAUUCGACAAACACUUGGAGGAAAGUUUGCCUAAGUGCAAAAAGAUGGCUAAAUCAAUCGACAAGAGAAAAUCACCAGAGCUUCGUUCGAGAAUUGAUGAAGCAGUAUUGAAUUUAGCGAGGUUUUUGAAGUACAAGAAAACAGAAAAGUCGAGCUAG